UUAACUGCACCAGAAAUGAAGGUGUGGCAACUCUCCAUGGACGCCCUGACGACAAUGUGUGGCUUGCCGGCUGCUGCUACCACCAACGACACGCCCGCCCGCCCGCCAGUCUCCAGCAGAUCGCUCCUGAUUCAUUCCCAGCUUGCCUGUCUCCUCUUCAUCAUGGCUGAGCCCAAGCCGGGAGCGUUGAUCAUCGAGGGCAAGACGAAGGCGGUGCACAAGCUGGAGGGUGACACGCGGCACGUGCUGGUGCUGAACAAGGACCGCAUUACUGCAGGGGACGGCGCCAAGGCCCACGACCUGCAGGGCAAAGCCGAGAUCUCCAACGCCACCAACGCAAAGGUGUUCACGUUCCUCAAUGAAGCAGGCAUCAAGACUUCGUGGGUGAGGAUGAGCGGCAAGCAGAAUUACGUGGCCCGCAGGUGCCACAUGAUCCCCCUUGAGUGGGUGACACGCAGGGUGGCCACAGGCUCCUUUCUGCGGCGCCACGCGGGCGUCACCGAGGGGUACACCUUCACGCCACCCAAGUUGGAGACGUUCUUCAAGGACGACGCCAACCACGACCCGCAGUGGAGCGAGGAGCAGGUGCUGGAGAACAAGCUGAAGGUCGGGGAGCGGGUGAUCGGACGCCUGGAGUACGACAUUAUGGCCCGCACCACCGUGGCCGUCUUCGAGGUGCUGGAGCGAGCCUGGGCCGCCCUCGACUGUGCCUUGAUCGACAUGAAGAUUGAGUUCGGCGUGGAUGCUGAGACCCAGGAAAUUUUGGUGUCCGACACUAUUGAUUCCGACUCGUGGAGACUCUGGCCGGCAGGUGACAAGCGACUCAUGAAGGACAAGCAGGUGUAUCGCAACAUGGGCACCGUGACGGAGGAGGGGCUGAGUCAGGUCAAGAGGAACUUCCAGUGGGUGGCGGACAAGCUAGACGCCUUCAUGCCGGAAUCCCGCGGCCUGGUGGUGGUGCUGAUGGGGUCCGCCAGCGACGCCACCCACGCGGAGGCCAUCAGGACCCACUGCACCAAGCUGGGGGUCAACUGUCACCUCAGGGUCACCUCUGCCCACAAGGGGACUGAGGAGACGCUUGCCAUCAUUGCCCAGUACGAGGCGAGUGCCCGUCCGGUGGUGUUCGUAUGCGUGGCGGGGCGUAGUAACGGGCUGGGUCCUGUCACCUGCGCCAACACCUGCGCUCCUGUCAUCAACUGUCCCCCGCUCAAGCCUGACAGUCUGUCCCGCGACGUGUGGUCCUCCCUCAGCCUGCCCUCCGGUAUGGGGUGCGGCACGGUGCUGUACCCAGAGGCCGCCGCGCAGACCGCCGCCACCAUGCUGGGCCUCACGGAUCACGUCAUCUGGGCGAAGCUCCGCGCCAAGCAACUCAGCCUGUGGGUAGGACUCAAGCUGGCGGACCGAGACAUGGCGGCAGGCAACCACUAACCCUUCGAGAGCUACGAGUUCCCUUUGUUGUUGUAAGAGGGGCACUGGCUAAGAGCAACAAGAACUUGAAAAUGUAAGAAGGGCAGUAGCUAAUAUUGCGUGAGGAGGGAUAGCUAAGAUUAACAAGAACUUAGGAAUGUAAGAAGGAUGACCGAAAGCAUUAAGAACUUCGAAGAAAAGGCCCGCUGAAAUGCCAGUCACUAAAGGAAUGGGCCAAAAAGGUUAUCUAAAACUAGCGAUGUCUUGAAUAUUAGUGUGUUGUAAGUAUAAAGGACAUAAUUAACAUUAAAAAGUGAAUAAUGAAGUUGAGAAAAAAAAAUUGAAUAAUGAAGUUUAGAAAAGUGAAUAAUGAAGUUUAGUUCAAUCUUUCGGAGUCUCGAAUAUUGUGUUGCAAGUGAAGAGAUAAAAAUUGACAAAUGAAUAAUGAAGUACUGUUCAAAUCUUUCGGAGUCUGGAUUCUUAUCUUGAUUCUGUACACUGUAAGGUUUGUUAUUAGCACUCAAAGGGUUAAGGAACUACCCAAGAGUAUACAUAGUGAUUUGGGAAUAUACAUUGUAUACUGUUGGCUUAUCACGUGUAGGACCUUUUAAAACUCAAGUGAUUUGUAGUAUGAGCACAUCUGUCACUAGGAAUGUACUCAUGUACUGAUGACGUAAUUAAUCUUGUCUGGUUUAGGAUGACCUCUGAGGCUCUUAUGCUAACCUCUUUAUUGAAUAAAUGAACACACCACAUAAA